GGCAGCGCCCUGAGCCUGUCCCGCGCCCGCGGGCCCGGCCGAGCAGGAGCAGCUCCCAGGGAUGCCCGGGCGGCUCGGAGCGCGGGCAGCGACAGCCGUGCGGUGAGGGCGGUGGCGCCCGCGGGACCUGCGACUGCCAGGAACUCCUGCCACCGCCACCGGCUCCCAUGGCCCACAUACCCAGUGGGGGUGCCCCAGCAGCGGGGGCAGCCCCCAUGGGCCCCCAGUAUUGCGUGUGCAAGGUGGAGCUGUCAGUGAGUGGCCAGAACCUACUGGACCGGGAUGUUACCUCCAAGUCUGACCCCUUCUGUGUCCUCUUUACAGAGAACAAUGGCAGAUGGAUCGAGUACGACAGGACAGAAACCGCGAUCAACAACCUCAACCCCGCCUUCUCCAAGAAGUUCGUGCUUGACUACCACUUCGAGGAGGUACAGAAGCUCAAGUUCGCACUCUUUGACCAGGACAAGUCCAGUAUGCGGCUGGAUGAGCAUGACUUCCUGGGCCAGUUCUCCUGCAGCCUGGGCACGAUCGUCUCCAGCAAGAAGAUCACUAGGCCUCUGCUGCUGCUGAAUGACAAGCCUGCGGGGAAGGGCUUGAUUACGAUCGCUGCCCAGGAGCUGUCCGACAACCGCGUCAUCACACUAAGCCUGGCGGGCAGGAGGCUGGACAAGAAGGACCUCUUUGGGAAGUCAGACCCCUUUCUGGAGUUUUAUAAGCCAGGAGACGAUGGCAAGUGGAUGCUGGUCCACAGGACUGAGGUGAUCAAGUACACACUGGACCCUGUGUGGAAGCCAUUCACAGUGCCCUUGGUGUCCCUGUGUGAUGGGGACAUGGAGAAGCCCAUCCAGGUCAUGUGCUACGACUAUGACAAUGACGGGGGCCAUGACUUCAUCGGCGAGUUCCAAACCUCAGUGUCACAGAUGUGUGAGGCUCGAGACAGCGUCCCGCUGGAGUUCGAGUGCAUCAACCCCAAGAAGCAGAGGAAGAAGAAGAACUAUAAAAACUCGGGCAUCAUCAUCCUGCGAUCCUGCAAGAUAAACCGAGACUACUCCUUCCUUGACUACAUCCUGGGAGGCUGCCAGCUCAUGUUCACCGUUGGAAUAGACUUUACAGCCUCCAACGGGAAUCCCCUCGACCCUUCCUCUUUGCACUAUAUCAACCCUAUGGGCACCAACGAAUAUCUGUCGGCCAUCUGGGCUGUUGGGCAGAUCAUUCAGGACUACGACAGGUCUCCCAUGAGUUUGCCAUCAACUUCAACCCCACCAACCCCUUCUGCUCAGGUGUGGAUGGUAUUGCCCAGGCGUACUCAGCUUGCCUGCCCCACAUCCGCUUCUACGGUCCUACCAAUUUCUCCCCCAUCGUCAACCACGUGGCCCGGUUUGCGGCCCAGGCCACACAGCAGCGGACGGCCACGCAGUACUUCAUCCUCCUCAUCAUCACGGACGGGGUCAUCAGUGACAUGGAGGAGACACGGCAUGCCGUGGUGCAGGCUUCCAAGCUGCCCAUGUCCAUCAUCAUCGUGGGCGUGGGCAAUGCGGACUUCGCUGCCAUGGAGUUCCUGGAUGGGGACAGCCGCACGCUGCGCUCCCACACAGGGGAGGAGGCAGCCCGCGAUAUUGUGCAGUUCGUUCCCUUUCGAGAGUUCCGCAACGCAGCAAAGGAGACCUUGGCCAAAGCUGUGCUGGCGGAGCUGCCCCAACAAGUUGUGCAGUAUUUCAAGCAUAAAAACCUACCCCCUACCAACUCGGAGCCCGCCUGAGCUCCAGUGCCCAGCAGCAGCAUGUCAGCUGAGCCUCCUGCCCUCCCCCAGGAACAUGCACGCUCACCCUGCUUCCUUGUGGGUGGCCUUUUUUUACCGAUCCACGUUUUUAUUUUUUACAACCGGACCUCCACCCCCAACUUCCUCCAGCCCAGCUGGGCUUCUUUUGUUGGAGUCAACUGUUGAUGCUUCCAGGCCAAACUGGCUUCCUCUCCUCCUCUCCCCACCUUUGCCAUUCUUAAGUAUUGAAUGUACUUUGUAUAAUUUUAGUGGAAUUGUUAUUGAGAAUAAAAUUUUUACAAUCAUGACUGGCUUUUUCCAAGUAACUAGCUGCAGACUGAUGAAAGAAACGUGUCCUUGGUGCAUACGUGUCAUAGCCUGCACCUAAUUAAUUCCUGCUGUUUUUUUAAUACUGUGACUGUGUUCUAUUUGUUAUAUACUCAGGGUAACAAAUGAGUUUCAGACGUCCCUGCGUCAGCUCCUUCCUCAGCAGGGACCUGACGGGCUCACUGAUCUGAGAAAGCAAAUGGAAAAUGAAAAUCCACCCCACAAGUCUAAUAAGUUGGUGUAGUCACUUCUGCAUGGGGACAUGCAUUCCAGAUGAUAACCUGUUAAAUCACUGCCAGUUAACAGUGAUAACCUGUUAAACUGGUACAGAACCUGGCACAUUGUACAAACUCAAUAAAUAUUCG